UUAGAGAGAGUCUGUUGUUCCUCCACCCCAAGUCCAACACCAGAUAUAAAAGGAAGGAAAGGUACCCACCCACUACCCAGCACCCACACUUCUUGUUCCGGUCUAUUUCGGAUCAGAGGAUGCGAACCAGAGGUUCACGCUGUCUCUCUCACUCUUUCUCGUCUUUCUUCCUUGUUCCUUCCUUCCUUCCUCAGCAUCCAUGAUUCCUACUAGCUGCUUCUGAAUCAAAUGGACACUCUCCAACUCCAUCUCCAUAUCCAACUCGGUAUCACCGGUUUCCGAUCACUGAAUCGCAGAUGUAGAAGGAGCAAAAGAGCCGAUUCACUCCAACUCAACGCCUUCCCCAACCAAACCCUAUUCCCUCCGCUUCUCCGCAAUUCCUUCUCCCCUCCUCUCUCUCACUUCCGCUGCGUCGCCAAGGCCUCCGAAUCGCCUCACCAUCACGAUCACCACCAUCACCACCAUGAAGGUCAUAGCCACCACCACCACCACCACCACCAUCAUCAGGCCGGUGAGGUGAAGCUGGUUAAGUCUCAGGAAGCGUUUCUUCGAUUUGCCGAGGCGAUCAGGUGGACCCAUUUGGCGAACUUCUUGCGGGAACACUUGGAGCUCUGCUGCUGUUCCGCGGCUUUGUUUCUCGCUGCUGGCGCUUGUCCGUACUUGCUUCCCCAGACGGCUGCGAAGCCUCUGCAGCAUGCUUUCUAUCUAAUUGCUUUCCCUCUCGUCGGGGUAUCUGCAUCACUUGAUGCUCUAAUUGAUAUUACUGGUGGAAAAAUCAACAUUCAUGUUCUAAUGGCUCUUGCAGCAUUUGCAUCUUUAUUUAUGGGAAACCCAUUGGAAGGUGGAUUGCUUCUUGCAAUGUUUAAUCUGGCUCAUAUAGCCGAAGAGUAUUUCACCAGCCGCUCAAAGAUUGAUGUUAAGGAGUUGAAAGAAAAUUAUCCAGAUUUUGCUCUUGUGCUGGAAGUAAACAAUGAUAAAUCACCUAAUUUCUCUGAUUUGUCAUACAAAGAAGUCCCUGUAAAUAACUUAGAAGUGGGCUCAUAUAUAUUGGUCAAAGCUGGUGAGUCGGUACCCGUGGAUUGUGAAGUUUUCCAAGGUAGAUCAACAAUUACAAUUGAGCACUUGACUGGAGAAGUCAGACCACUUGAGAGAAAAGCUGGGGAUUGUAUUCCUGGUGGUGCCAGGAACCUUGAUGGCAUGAUGAUUGUGAAGGCAAAAAAGACCUGGAAAGAAUCAAUGCUGAGCAGGAUUGUGCAAUUGACUGAAGAAGCACAACUAAGUAAACCAAAGCUUCAAAGGUGGCUGGAUAAGUUUGGUGAACACUACAGCAAAGUUGUUGUAUUUCUAUCUGCUGCGGUUGCCUUGCUUGGGCCCUUGCUUUUCAAGUGGCCGUUUAUUAGCACAUCAGUUUGCAGAGGUUCAGUUUAUAGAGCACUGGGACUCAUGGUGGCAGCAUCACCAUGUGCAUUGGCUGUAGCUCCUCUGGCAUAUGCUACUGCAAUUAGUGCCUGUGCUAGACAGGGGAUAUUGGUGAAAGGUGGACAAGUACUAGAUGCUUUAGCUUCUUGUCAGACUAUUGCAUUUGAUAAAACUGGCACAUUGACAACAGGAAACUUUAUGUGCAAAGCAAUUGAACCAAUCCAUGGACAUAUGAUGAGUAGUGGAGAAACUUUUGCUUCUUGUUGUGUUCCAAGUUGUGAAAAAGAAGCCCUUGCUGUGGCAGCUGCCAUGGAGAAGGGUACCACUCACCCCAUUGGAAGAGCUGUUGUGGACCAUAGCAUUGGGAAAGACCUGCCUUCUGUUUCUGUUGAAAGUUUCGAGAACUUGCCUGGUAGAGGUCUUUUUGCCACAUUAUCUAGCGUUGAGCCAGGAUUUGGAGGAGGGGAACUGCUGAAAGCUUCACUUGGUUCUGUAGAGUUUAUAACUUCACUUUUUAGGUCUGAAGAUGAAUCAAAAAAGAUUAUGCAAGCAGUGAGCACCUCUUCUUAUGGAAGGGAUUUUGUCCGUGCUGCUCUCUCUGUUAACAACAAAAAGGUAACGCUGUUUCACUUUGAGGAUAGACCUCGACCUGGAGCUUUGGAUGUCAUACAGACAUUGCAAGAUCAAGCAAACCUCCAUGUCAUCAUGUUAACUGGUGACCAUGAGUCAAGCGCACAGAGAGUUGCAAAUGCAGUUGGUAUCAAUGAGGUGCAUUGCAACUUGAAGCCUGAGGAUAAGCUCAGUCAUGUGACUAGUAUCUCAAGGGAUACAGGUGAAUUUCCACUAUCCUACUCAACUAAGCAGCACUCUCUCUCUCUCUCUGGAGGAUUUUUCUUCUGUGUUAUCAGCUUCUUCCUAAUAACUGCAGAGGCAUCUAUGACAUUGGGAGAAAAAAAAUUGUAUAUAGGCGGAGGUCUUAUAAUGGUGGGUGAUGGUAUUAAUGAUGCCCCAGCACUUGCUGCUGCAACUGUAGGUGUUGUGCUGGCUGAACGCGCCAGCGCAGCUGCUAUAGCUGUGGCAGAUGUGCUGUUGCUGCAGGACAAUAUUUCUGGUGUUCCAUUUUGUAUUGAUAAAUCCCGUCAAACAACUUCUCUGGUCAAACAAAAUGUCGCACUUGCCUUAUCAAGCAUCAUUUUGGCAUCUCUUACAUCAGUCUUGGGGUUUCUCCCAUUAUGGUUAACGGUUCUUUUACACGAAGGUGGCACUCUUCUUGUUUGUCUCAAUUCUGUUCGCGCUCUAAAUAACCCUACGCUGUCGUGGACCAAGAAUCUUCUGGACAUGAUUGAUAAAUUUAGAGCUGUAAUUACAUCAGGAAGGUGGGACACCCACCCUAGCACCAUUCAGGCUGCACCCCUGUAACUUAGCUGUGUCUUUUUGCCUACUUCUUUAAGGUGAUGGUGUCUUUGUACUCGAACACUGCUAAGUCUUUUAAAGACUGUAAAUAGAAUGGAAAAGGGCAGUUAUAUCAUGUAGAGUUCAAGUGUAUCCUGUGAAUGUAUCAUUUUCUUUUGACUCGUAGAAAGAUUUGAUUGAAAAAUGGUGCGUUAUUGUAAUGCAUACAAUUUUGAUGAUGCUGUUUUUUUUUUCCUAA